AUGUUGAGUAGUCUACAACCAUCAAGCGCCUCUAGCUCUGCAAGCAAGAAACGCAAGAGCCCUUUCCCAGCUCAGAGCAAUAAUCUUCUUAGCUACUUUCAGCCAAGAGCCAGGAGCUCUGUCUCAGUUCCUCUGAGAACAACACCUCAGCAAGAACACCAACCCUUUGCUAGCACCAGGCCUGAACCAAGCUCUCAGCCACCUACCAGCAGUCCUACAGAGCAUAGAAGUGAGCCCCUUAGCAGCUAUUGGACUCAGACCCAGGCAACUGAGAGCACUGCCUCAAAGCUUGCAAAGCAACUCCGCAACUUCCACAGCUGUACCCAUGAGGACCACAACAAGGCACAGGAGCUACACAUCCAGCAUCAUCAACGCAGUGAUGUUCAUUCCAAGUGUUCUUCAUUCAAAGCAAUCACACAGCUACUACGUGGAGACUACAAUGGAGGAAAUCCACUUCCUGAUAUGCUCCAAAAUCCUCACUUUAUGAAGGCACAGAGCCUAAAGGAGGAUCUUGAUUGCCAAAAGCUCCACCUUGACAGCAGCUAUGAGCACACCACCUUCCUCAGCAGUGACAACUUUAAGCUGUGGUACAAUGGUGUGCUUAUGCCUGCUAUCCAAUCAAUAGUUCAAGAUGCAAACAUCCUUCAACACUAUCCUGUAUCUGCAGAAGUAGUUGCUCUAGAUGCAACUGCACUAUCUGCAGAGACCUUUGCAAAGAAGGACACAUCAAGAGCACAACUGCUUAAAUAUGCACUGCAACCACAGCAUCUUGAUCCUAUCUGGACACACAUACAAGACAGCAUCACCAACAAUAUAGCAUAUAGCCGCUUCCGUGGUGCUACACUGUUUGUGAACUCCAAGGAUACCAAGCUAGAGUAUAUGACUCAGGAUCUUAGCUCUGCCUACCACAACUGGGAAACCUACUGGUCUAGCAUUACCAACUCCAACUUCUACAGCAAGGACUGCACCUUUGUUGAUCUUGGCAAGCAGAUCACCUCAGAAGAGAGCAGUCUCCCUACUACCUCUGCACCUAGCUCAGAACAAGCAGAGGUGUUUCUCUGGAAGAAGUGCUGCCUUGAGAGCUACUACAGAUCAAGGGUUACACUGCUAGCAGAUGGUAAGCCAGCCAGAGGCAACCCUAAAUGCACUGUCUACCCAUUUGCUACAACAAGAGACAGUACCAAUCAGACUCUCUUUGCAGCACCAGGUGGCAAAGAGCGUUCAGAUGGCCUAGUCUACUCCCAGUUCUAUGGGCUGAUCAAAACACCAUUUGAUACUUCAAAGGCCUAUGUCUUUCAACAAGAUGCGCUUGAAAAUCUUGUUCUAGACCCUAGCUAUGUCUGCUCUGUUCAGCAAGAAGGUGGAGCAACCAUCUUCUCAGAGGCAGUUUGCAAGAAGGCCUAUCUCCAUAUGAAGCAGAGAGCACAUGUCAAUCUCCAAGACAAUCAGUGCAGAUCAUAUGGGAUUAGAGAGGAGCAUCGGAUAUCUCUUACUAUGAUGGAGGAGAUUGUAAGCCAGUGGAAACAGCAGGACCUCUACAGCACUGCUAGUUCAGAGGCUACAGAGCGCCCCCUACCCUACUACAUUGUUCCAACAAAGGAACUCUUUGGAUUCCUCCAUGCACAGAUCAACAAGUACUGCUUUCUCUUUGAGCACACCUAUGCUCACACCUUUGGGCCUGUUUCCCACCCACAAUCAGCUGUUAUGCUAGUAGCUCUAAGAGCACUCCGAUUUUGCUAUUCAAGCAAUAUCCUAGCCCAAGAGUCUCUCCUCUACAAAGACCGCUGGGAGAAGGAUGAGGAGCAGCAAAAAGUGGUGGUAGAAGGCUUUGGGAUGCAGCAAACAAUAGAGCAGUGUGGACUUGGCUGGUUUCUGCCAAAGUUCAACUGGGCUACUCUAAGAAUCAAACCACCUCAUGGAGAGAACAUGCUCCGUGGCUGCCUGCUCAACCACCCUGAGUAUAAGCGGAGAUGGCAAGCUGUAAAGGACUUGCAGAAUGUGUUUGUCCGCUUCAAUCAAGCAGAAAGAUGGUUACAUCAGUACAAUAUCAGACAGAAACCAGGGCUAUUGCGGAAAUGGCUUGAGUACUUGUAUGCUCUUAAUCUAGAGCAGUUUGAUGUUGAUCUGUGGAAGGCUGUGCUAAAAGCUAAGAAGCAAGCACAGCAGCUCUCUCCCCAGGCACUUCAGCAGGCUGGAAAGAUGGCAUACUGCUAUGAUGGGAUGAAGGACCUAGCUGAGCUGUGGCUAGACUGGUUUUUACACCUUGUGCGCCUAACCCACUGGAUUCUGCCUUCUCCAUCAGACCGUGCACUGAUUGAAUCAACAAAAAGCAAUCGAGAAAAGGGUCUUUCUAGCAAGCUUAUGUGGUUCUCAGCAGUCUUUAGUCACCCUGAGCUAAGUGUGCAGCGGACUGAGGAGAGCAAUCCAAGAACUCUACAUGUUCUACUUUACAAAGCACACCGCAGCACUGGAAGAGACGGUACUAUGAGCACCCCCUGGGAUGUCUUUCAGCUUACUAAAGCUUGUACCAAGCAAGGAAUCAAGAUACUUGGUGUAGAUGAGAGUGUUGAGCACUGGCGCAGAGGUAGAAGAAGUAUUGGGUCAAAAGGAUGGCUGCCAGUCUGGGAACAAGGAAGACCACCUCUGAUAGAGAUGCAGGAGAGAAUUAGAGGUAUGAGUCUUGAUGACCUGGAGGGACUAAUGACUGGUUGGAACCAGGAGCACAGUGAGCAGAUACCCAGUGCUGUUCAGGAAACAGAGACUUUGUCUCCUGCUAGCAAUAGGGCUAGAGAGAAUGCUUCUCACAAUCAGAGUAACAUAGGCAGAGCAAGUAACAGGCAACAGAGCCAUGCUAGUAGCAGCACAGGCAAAGGGACAGGCAGUGUGUAUACUCCAUCUGAGUAA